AUGAGCGCUGGUGCCUUCCAUGCGGAAAGGAUAAUGUUCAUAACCAGAGGCCUUGAGAGGAUUCUUGCGGAUCGUGAUAUCAAGAGGUCCUACAAUCAACAGUUGAAGAAGGCGUGUGAAAGCACCCUAGCCGAAAUCAGAAAUGAAUCAGCAUCGCCCACGCCAAGUCAGUCGUCGGCGCUGCCUCAGCCCCGAGAGGAGUCAAAAACCUUCGACGAGGAGAAGUACUUUGUUCCUUUUGAGCUGGCCUGUCUCUCCAAAUCCAAGUCGAUCGUCAUCAUAUCACUGGACUGCAUUCAGAAGCUGAUCGCCUACGGCCACUUUACCGGCAACAAGUACGACAGUCGGUACGAGGAGGGGCAGCUGCUGAUCGACACCAUCGUCAGCUCCAUCUGCAACUGCUUCACCGGGCCCACCACCGACGACAAUGUGCAGCUGCAGAUCAUCAAGGCGCUGCUCACCAUCGUCACCUCGCAGUCCUGUGCCGUCCACGAGAGCAGCAUUCUCCUGGUGGUACGCACCUGCUACAACAUCUACCUGGCCAGCAAGAACCUGGUCAACCAGACCACCGCCAAAGCCACCCUUACGCAGAUGCUCAAUGUCAUCUUCUCUCGAAUGGAGUCAUUUUCCACGACGACGACAAGGCAACAACAACCACAACUACAGCAAUCAAAACAAAAUGGUCCUACUGCUGGCGGUGCCACUGCUGCUGCUGCUGCUGAUUCCCAGCUGCCCAAUACUUCUUGUGAUACUUUAAAUGAUAAUUCCUUCAAAACCGGUGAUUCUCAAGCGGCCUCUUCAGCAGCAACAGCCACAGCAGCAGCACCUCUUCCUCUUCACUCGUCUCAUUCCUCUAAUCAACUAGCCAGGUUGAACAAUGCCAUCAGUGAUCAUCAGCAGCACCAGCACCACCUGCAAAGCACGUACGAGAAAAUUAGAAAAGCCACCAGCGACUCGGUGGAGGACGUCGUGGCCGAUCUAGUGAACACUGUCUGCUAUAGUGAGAAUGGCGGCAAUAGUGGUGGUGGUAGCGAGCAGUUGCCAUCACCGCCCUCCCUGGAAGCGUCUCAACAGCAGCCCAGCAGCACUAGUUCGACCAUUUCGAAACCGUUUAAUCCUCCUCCCACCACACGGACGCCCAGUCUGAGCACCGCCUCCUCUGCCAUCAUCUCCUCUGACUCCUUUGAGAGCAAUGACACCAUUCACCUCGUCUUCGAUAACAUCUACCAGAAGGACGCCUACCUGGUGUUUCGCUCCCUCUGCAAGCUCAGCAUGAAGCCGCUCUCCGACACGCUCUCCGACAUGAAGUCGCACGAGCUGCGCUCCAAGGUGCUCUCGCUGCAGCUCAUUCUGCAGAUUCUCCAAAACUCCGGUCCCGUCUUCCAGAACAGUGACAUGUUUGCGGUGGCCAUUAAGCAGUACCUCUGCGUCGCCCUCAGCAAGAACGGCGUCUCCAACAUUCCCGAAAUCUUCGAGCUGUCGCUGGCCAUCUUCCUCGCGCUGAUUCAGAAGUUCAAGACGUACCUGAAGAUGCAGAUUGAGGUCUUCUUCAAGGAGAUCUUCCUCAACAUUCUCGAGACGGUCAGUAGCUCCUUUGAGCACAAGUGGAAGGUGAUUCAGGCGCUGACGCGAAUCUGCGCCGACGCCCAGAGCGUGGUGGACAUCUACGUCAACUACGACUGCGACCUCUCCUCGGAGAACAUCUUCGGCCGCCUGGUGAACGAUGUGGCGCGCAUUGCUCAGGGCGGCGGCCACUCCGACCACUCGACCUUUGUGACGGCGGCGCAGGAGCGCAGCAUGCGCCUCAAGGGCCUCGAGUGUCUGGUGUCCAUACUGAAGUGCAUGGUCGAGUGGAGCAACGACCUGUACGUCAAUCCGCAGCAGCAGGUCGACCAGACCAUUGAAAAUUCGGGCAAUGCAACGGCAACAGCAGGGUCAAACGCAUCGGCGGCAAAAGAUGGCGACGGCAGCGGCGGCGGCAGUAAUUCCCUGCACGAGACCAACUCGAUCAACAACCUCGACAGGGUGAGCCUGAACAACCUGAACAAUGAGAACAAUGACAGCGACAACCCGGAGAAGUUUGAGGAGGUGAAGCAGACGAAGAACAUCAUCGACCGCGGCAUUGACCUGUUCAACAUCAACCCGAAGAAGGGGCUGAAGUACCUGCAGCACCACGGCAUUCUCGAGGAGAAGGCAGAGAGCAUCGCCCACUUCUUCCACUCCACCGACCGCCUGGACAAGUCGCUGGUGGGCGAGUACAUGGGCGACUUUGCCGCCUUCAACAAGGAGGUCAUGUACGCCUACGUCGACCAGAUGGACUUCUCCAGCAAGGACAUUGUCGUCGCCCUUCGGUUCUUCCUCGAGGGCUUCCGCCUGCCCGGCGAGGCGCAGAAGAUUGAUCGCUUCAUGGAGAAGUUUGCCUCGCGCUUCUUCCAGACCAACAUGCACACCGGAAUCUUCGCCAGCGCCGACGCCGCCUACGUGCUCGCCUACUCCAUCAUCAUGCUCACCACUGACCUGCACAGUCCGCAGGUGAAGCGGAAGAUGACGAAGGAGGACUACAUUAAGAUGAAUCGCGGCAUCAACGAGAGCAAGGACCUGCCCGAGGAGUACCUGUCGCAGAUCUACGACGAGAUUGCCGAGAGCGAGAUUAAGAUGCGGGGCAGCCACCACAACAAGGUGAAGGUGAAGGUGCGGGGCAAUGAGGUGGCCAGCGAGAAGGCCCGUCGGCUGCUGUACAACAUGGAGAUGGAGACGAUGGCGACGGCGGCGAAGGCGCUCAUGGAGAGCGUCAGCCACGUCGAGUCCCCAUUUACCUCGGCGAAGCACCUCGACCACGUCCGCCCCAUGUUUCGCACCGCCUGGACCUCCUUCCUCUCCGCCUUCAGCGUCGGCCUGCAGGACUGCGACGACACCGACAUUGCCAGCUGCUGCCUGGACGGGCUGCGCUGCGCCAUUCGCAUCGCCUGCAUCUUCCAGAUGGACCUCGAGCGGGACGCCUUUGUCCAAGCACUGGCCCGCUUCACCCUCCUCAACGCCAACGGACCGAUCGUGGAGAUGAAGACGAAGAACCUCGACACGAUCAAGACGCUGAUCAUGGUGGCGAACACGGACGGCAACUACCUGGGCAAGAGCUGGCUGGACAUUCUCCGGUGCAUCUCGCAGCUGGAGCUCGCCCAGCUGAUCGGCACCGGCGUCAAGCCGCAGGUGCUCAACAACAAUCACCUGCAGAUGAACACUACGGCUUCAGUGGCGGCCUCGGUAGCUGCAGCCUCCUCCUCCAACGGAAGUGCCUUUGGGGGCUUUCAGUUCAAGCUGGAGUCCUUUGUCCCGCUUGCGGUGGACUCGCUGGCCCGCGGCAGCAAGGAGAAGGAGAUGUCGCGGAUCUCCGAGUCGAUCAUCGAGGCGUCCUCGCAGAGCGUCGUCGUCGCCGUCGACCGCAUCUUCACCGGCUCGGUGAAGCUGGACGGCAACGCCAUUGUGGACUUUGUGAAGGCGCUCUGCAAGGUCUCCAGCGAGGAGCUGGCCAACGUCAGCAGCCCGCGCAUGUACAGCCUGCAGAAGCUGGUGGAGAUCAGCUACUACAACAUGAGCCGCAUCAGGCUGCAGUGGUCGCGCAUCUGGGCGAUUCUGGGCGAGCACUUCAACAAGGUGGGCUGCAACCCCAACGAGGAGAUCGCCUUCUUCGCCAUUGACUCGCUCCGCCAGCUGUCGAUGAAGUUCAUCGAGAAGGGCGAGUUUAGCAACUUUCGCUUUCAGAAGGACUUUCUCCGGCCCUUUGAGCACAUCAUGAAGCUCAACUCCUCCAUUGCCAUUCGCGACAUGGUGGUCCGGUGCAUCGCCCAGAUGGUCAACUCGCAGGCGAGCAACAUCAAGUCGGGCUGGAAGAACAUCUUCAGCGUCUUUCGCAUCGCCGCCUCCGAGAACGACUCGUACAUCUUUGACCUCGCCUUCCAGACGACCUGCAACAUCUUCAACAACAUCUACGAGAGCAACUUCAUCUCGAUGAUUGACUCCUUCCAGGACGCGGUCAAGUGCCUGUCGGAGUUUGGUUGCAACCAGGCCUUUCCCGACACGAGCAUGGAGGCGAUUCGGUUGAUUCGCGCCUGUGCGCGCUACGUCGCCGAGCAGCCGCAGUACUUUAAGGAGUUCAACAUUGAGGACAAAAACAAUGGCUUUCUGGCGAGCGAGGACGACCGCGUGUGGGUGAGAGGGUGGCUGCCCAUUCUCUUUGAGCUGAGCUGCAUCGUCAACAUCUGCAAGCUCGACGUGCGCACCCGCGCCCUCACCGUCAUGUUUGAGAUCAUCAAGUCGCACGGGGCGACCUUUCGCGAGAACUGGUGGGCGGACCUCUUCAAGAUCAUCUUUCGCAUCUUCGACAGCCUCAAGCUGCCCGGACAGCAGUCGGAGAAGAACGAGUGGAUGGCCACCACCUGCAAUCACGCCCUCUACUCGAUUGUGGACGUCUUCACGCAGUACUACGACAUGCUGGGCGCCUUCCUCCUCAAGGACGUCUACUCGCAGCUCUUCUGGUGCGUGCAGCAGGACAGCGAGCAGCUGGCCCGGUCGGGCAUCAACUGUUUUGAGAACCUGGUCAUUAGCUGCGGCGUGAAGUACGAUCCGCCCACCUGGACGAUGACCAUCGAGUUCAUUGAGCGCAUCUACGACAUUGUCCGCCCGACGGAGCUGCUGGAGGCGGCCUGUGCCGCAGCGGCCGCCGCCGGCCAGUCCAGCCUCUCCCGCGGCGACCUGGAGCGCCUGAAGGUGAAGUUUCUGGUGCAGCUCGACCUGAUCCAGGCGAUCGACAACAUCGUCUUCUACCCGUCCGCCAGUCGCAAGCAGGACACGGAGAUACUGGGCGAGCUGGAGCGGGAGCUGGAGGAGCGGAACAUUGUGCAGAGCUAUGCGGUCGGACGAGGCUCUCGCAGCUCCACGCUUAGCGGGUCGGCUGUCUCGGCCUCAACUGCUGCUGUCAAUGCUAAUUCGGUUGGCAUGACGCGAAUGAACUCGGUGGGAAGCAGCGGUGGCGGCCCCGGAGGCGACAGCAACGGCCCAGCUUACUCUUCCUCCUCCUCCUCCUCCCACAGCGGCAUGUACGUGCACAUGAGCACGGCGGCGCUGCUGCGACUGGGCCAGUUUCUGGUGGCGGUCUUUGAGCAGGCCAAUCGGCUGCACUUGGACAAAUCAAAGACGAAGGUGCUGCUCGCCGACAGCCUGGGCUGCCUCUCUGCGCAGGAAAUCAAAAGCCUCCUCAGUGCCAUACGCAUCUUCUUCAGCCUCUACGUGGACUCGGGCCGCCAGCUGUGCUGGGAAGAGAUCGAACUGGAGCUUAUUGG